AUGCCCAGCCGAGUUGGAGAGCCUCUGGGUAUUAAAGUUUCGUUCCUGCUCACAAAUCACCAGAGACUAACGUUGCAUUCUUAUUACUGCCGUGACCUGGACGAACCAGCCACCCAAGACAGCGAGCCACCUGCUGCCACUCCACCAGAGAGCGGACGUGGUGGCACGCCUGCCGCUGCCUCUGAUGCUGCGCCACCGCCCACAGACCGCAUCUCUCGAGUGCGGAACUUGUCAGCAAAGGAGAAGAGCAGCAGGCUUCUCCAAGCGGCUAAAGAUGGGGCAGUGGAGGAUCUGCGAGCCCUGCUGGCUGUGGGUGCAGACACGGAGUUCCAGGACUGGUACGGGUGGAGGGCCCUGCACUACUCGGCCGGCAGAGGAGACGAGCAGGCAGUGCAGUGCCUCCUGAACAGUGGAGCAGAGGUCGAUGCCAGGACCUGGUUGGGGGACACGGCCCUGCAUCGGGCCGCAAUCAACAACCGCGCGGCAGUAGUCCCAGCACUGGCAGCGUCCGGGGCUGACGUGAACGCGAUAGCUGCUGGGCAUUGGACGCCGCUGCACUAUGCGGCAGCGCACGGCAGCACAGAGGCAGCGACUGCACUGCUACGUGUGGGCGCAAAUAAGGGCGCCAGGACUCACAACGGACAGACGCCGCUACAAGUCGCCGUAGCUAACAACAACAAGAACUUGUCAGCAAAGGAGAAGAGAAGCAAACUUCUCCAAGCAGCUAAAGAUGGGGCACUGGAGGAUCUGCGAGCUCUCCUGGCCGUGGGUGCAGACACGGGAUCGUGGGACUGGUACGGGUGGACUGCCCUGCACUAUGCAGUCGAGAGAGGAGACGUGCAGGCAGUGCGGUGUCUCCUGAAUAGUGGAGCAGAGGUCGAUGUCGGGACCUGGUGGGGGGACACGCCCCUGCAUCAGGCUGCAAGGAAAAACAAUGUGGCGGUGGUCUCAGCACUGGCAGCAUCAGGGGCUGACGUCAAUGCGAGAGCAGCAUUCAGGUGGACGCCCCUGCACUUUGCGGCGUUGUAUGGCCACACAGAGGUAGUGACUGCACUGCUUGAUAUGGGGGCAGACAGGAAUGCCAUAAAUGAAACCAAAGACACGCCCCUAAAACUCGCCAUAGAGAACAACAGAGUCCAACUGUUAGACAUUCUAAAGUGA